CCUCUGAAAAGGCUUCACCUCAAAAGCUACUACUCAAGAACAGGAAACAAACAUUGCAGACCUUUAGGAGGAAAUACUAAGAACUCUAGAUCUGGUUGAGUAAACAUUAGGGAAAAAAUGCUAAAAUGUAAGGAAGGCAGAUCUCGCCCGCAUCAUCACUGAAAUCAGUAUGGUUUGGUUUUUACAGACUUAGAGAUACAAGAUGCAAACCGGACACAUUCUGUUUUUUCUCGUCUUUCCCAUUGUCUUGGAGGGAUGCUGUGUGGGAAACCAUCAAAAGAAAAGGACAGCAUUCACAGGUCCUCAGCAGGAUACCACACAUCUGUACUACAGAGCUGUGGACGGGGAGAGCUUUAUGAUGCCAUGCUUUAUAAAAUCUGUGAAUAGGAGUGAGUGGUCCAGGAUUGGAGAUGGCAGAGGAGGAAAGGAAGGCCCAUCCUUUGUCUGUGGGAAAGACUUCCCAGUUAUAAUAGAACAUUCUGGAAACUACACAUGGUCUCUGCUGUCCAGUGGCAGCAAGUUGUUCUUGCAUCUACAGGUGGUGGAAAAACUCAGUCAGGGAUGCUUCGAUCCUGAAGAGCACAAAGUAGAGCUGCUCAACAGUGAAGGUGGCAUCAUCUCCUGCCCACAAUACACCUGUAGCAGCAACACAGGUGUCAGAUGGUACAAGGGUAAAAGAGCUGUGUCCGAGCAGCGUAGGUCCUCCUGCGAAGAGAAUGAGCUGUUACAUCUCUGCCAAGUCAAGGAUGUGGAUCAUGGUGUAUUUUACUGUGACAGACAAAUAAUUGAUCAAGGAGUCACAUGGGCUUUCAGGAGGGCUGUUAAAGUCACAGUCAUACUUGAACAAUGUAGCAUGCAAAGAGCACACAACACAACAAUUAAAAAUCCCAGGAUUGUGUAUCCUGUUGGCAACAUGACACAAGAGGUAGAGCUUGGUCGGCCUCAUAAUCUGACCUGUGAGGUGAUAUUUCUUUAUGAGAGAAAGAUUUCAGCAGUGGUGAAGUGGUACGUGAAUUAUGGUGGCAACAAAGAGAAUAUGACUCUGCUACUCAUUGAGAAGACACAAAAAAAGUCAGUGAUAAGUGAAGAUUACAAGGUCACACAGACAGCCUGCAUACAAGAGGUGACACCACAACAUCUGAGCUACACAUACACCUGUAUUGCCACUACUAUAGCCGGAAGCAGCAGUGUUACUGUCCAGCUCAAGGAGAAAAUUAAAGUGAAGUGGCCGUCACUGGAUGGAUAUACCAUUGUGUCUUUUCUGCUGGUAGCUGGGCUGGGAAUUGUUUUGCACGUGAAAUGGCUGGAACUACAGCUUAUCUACAGAUCCCACUUCCAACAUGGAAAACAUGAUAGAGACAAGAAAGAGUUUGAUGUGUUUCUGUCAUACGUGUGGAACCGUUCAUCAGCAGAAGUAGAGGGAGGUUGGACCCUUUCCUCCCAAUCAAGAUUUGACACUGAUGAGGAAGCAUGCCUAUCCAGCAUGGACCUGCUUAACACUGCAGAGUGUGAAGCCACCCAAGGACAACUAGAAGUGCUACUACCCCGAGUGUUAGAGGAAAGGUGGGGGUAUCGCCUCUGUCUGCCAGAGAGGGACAUGCUUCCAGGAGGAGCAUACACAAAGGAUGUGGUCCUUGCAAUACAGAAAAGCCACAUGCUUAUCUGUCUCCUGUCCGCUGACUACCUGUGCAACAGCAAUGCUGUGUUUGUACUGGAAUCAGGAGUCCAGGCUUUGCUACAAAACUCUGCCCUCAAACUCCUGCUGAUAUGGACCAGUAGAGACUCAGCACCCCUCAACCAGCAGGACCCCCAACUGCCCACACUGGUCCAAAGGGCCUUGAAGGUGCUGCCAAGUCUAAAUUGGACAUCAGGCAAACCUGCCAGAACCACCUGCAACUUCUGGAAGUCUUUGAGGAAGGCCAUGCCCGAACACAGAGUGAAACCGGUGAAGCAAAUGUGUCAAGGAAAUUCCAACGAUGGUGGGAUGUCAAAUCACAGUGUGCCAUUUUCAAAUGGAGGAAAAAAGUGAGUCACCAUUUGUACCACAAAUGGUGACUCACAUAGCAUUAAAAGGACAGGCCAUAAAAGAUGAAGGAUUUGUACAAGUGCACAGCUAAACUAUAUAAAUAUAUAUGUGUGUGUCUAUACAUAAAAUAAAUAUAACUAAAAAUGAAACUAUUAACAGUAAAAUAAUUAGCUUUGUAUAUCAGUUUAAGGACAACAAAGUUGCUGUUGUGAGGUGUAUGUAGCUCAAUUUCAGCAAUAAACAUGAAAUAGUUUACACAA